AUUCAUUAUUGCUUUUAAAAGUUUGUAUCAAAAAGUACAAUUAAUUUACGCGCCCUCCUUUUGAAUUUAAUUUCAGUGGCGCCAUCGGUGGCAAAACGCCCAAGUUUGUAGUAAAAAUAGUUCCCACUGUUUUUUUAUAGAUGGCACAACUAACUAAAGAAGUCGAUAAUUAUUGCUGCAUUGAAUAAAUAUUCGUAUAAACGAUAAAUUCUAGAUAUUAACUAAUAUAUUGAAGUCUUAUAUAGCCAAAAAUUGUAUUAAUUUAUGAAAAAUAAAGAAUAAUUGAUUUAAAAAUAUUAAUGGGGCCAUCUAGCAGUGAUAGUGGGAACUAUUUUUACUACAAACUUGGGUGUUUUGUCACCGAUGGCGCCACUAACUAAAGAGGUCGAUAAUUAGUCCUGCAUGAAAUAAUUAUUCAAAUAAGUGAUAAAUUCGACAUAAUUACCAAUAUAUAUAAGUCUUAUAAAGCCAACAAUCGUAUUAAUUAUUCAUUUAUGAAAUAGUGGAAGCUCUUUUCACUACAAACUUCCGAAGGUUCCAAAAUUAGUUCGUUCUUUUGACCACGAGAUGGCGAUACUGAUUUUGUGUCCAUGAUUCCAUGAAACGCAACAAUCCGCUCGCAACGUCCUGAUCUAACCACAAAAUUGUUGUUCAUUUUGUUCUUUUAAACUUAUGUAGACAAUUUUAUCACAAAUAUGAAUCCACUGAUUCAAUUUUUAACAUUCGAUACUUCGUUUAGUAACAAAUGAUUGCUACAGAUGAUAGAAACUACCAGAAACUGUACGCAAAGUGAAAAUUGUAUUCUUCUGUUUAAAAAUCACUUGUUUUUGAAUUCAUAUAAUAUUAAACGUUUGAAUGCAUUAUUGUUGUAACCACAAGUGCUGUGAAUUGAAAUUCUCAAUUGUCUUGGUCAAUUAAUCUCGGUUCUGUCAUUGUCAUGGCUUCUGGUCCAACUAAAGUCAUAUCUUUUAGUUCGAUUUUAUUUUCGAAUGAAAUGUUUAUAUCCUGUGUUUCCUCGAAGAAAAUUUGUUGAUAAAGUGAAAAUUAAACGUAUUUGGACGAAAAUAGUGUAGUGAAUAAUAGAAAGUGUCACAUGUAAUGGAAGAAGCAUGAAUGGAGAUGUUUUGUUCCAGGAAAUUUAAAAGAAGUCAUAACUCAAAUAAUACUUCUAUGAACAAUCAUAAGAAAAGUAAUUAUCAGGAGGAGAGUAAUGAUGCAUCUUCUAGUUCAUCCGAUUAUGAAAUUUUUAAAUCGCUGAGCUUUAGAAAGCAACAUAAUGUUAACAAGCAUCGUAGAAAAAGUUAUGCACUUAGACGUGCAAGAUACAAACGUAUAAUAGUGAAUGAUAGUAGGAGUGAUGAGUUCAGUGUGAUUGAUUCAGUAGCAAGCAGCAGUCCUAAAAAGAGGAACCAGCAACCGGCUGCUCCAAACUUUAAGCCUAGUAUUAACAAAGUUAUAGAAGGAUUUAAACAAAUUUUUGUAAAAUUUACAUUACAAUUGAAUAAGUUACAACUGGAGGACCUUAAGAACGAAAUAAUAACAGAAGAGAAUGCAGAAAAUAUAAUAUUUAUUAUCAGCUGCAUCAUUAGCAAAAUGAAGGAAGAAUUGACCAACCAUGAACAAAAAUUGAAUAAUGAAUACUUUCAACAGAGUAUGACAAAUAACUGUAAAAUCACUGUUUUGAAUUCACUGUCUAGAAGGAGUUCUAAUACUGAAUAUUUGCAACCGCACACUAAAAGCAGUUCAGAAUCUGAUAGUACAUAUACUAAUAUAAUCUCUACACGUAGAUCCAAAACAUCCCUGACUUUGAGUGAAAACUUAAGACACAAUUCAGAUUUCUUAAAAAGUAAAGAUACAACUCUAUCGCGAUUAGAUACUAGAAAUGAUAUAGGAGAAUCAUCAAAAGAAAAUUCUACUUUCCCCAUUAAAGUACACAAUAAUAAUUCCUCAUCAAGCAAUCUUAAAGAUGUGCAAAUCGUUUUACAUAAAUUAAGUGAUAUUAAUGUUAUUAAAAAAUCUGCAAAAAAUCCCACAAUAGAAACAAAAGUCACAGAAGGCAAUGUAUUAAAUUUAGAAGUUUUAAAAUCAAAGCUUAAUGAAAUAAAAAAGAAUUUUCCCGUGAUUGAAAAAGACUUAUAUACAAAUAAUUUCUCGGAAGAAAAAGAAGACUACUCUAGCGAUGUAGAUAGUACGUGUAGUACAGUAGCUUUAGGAUAUUCAAAAAAAAGAAGUAUGCAUGAAGAUGACAAGUUCAAAGAUCUGACGAAUACUGAUAUACAUAGGUAUAAUAGUAGAUCGAAAAGUCCUAGCGUAGGGUUGAGUACGUCGUUAGUACAACUGGAUGAUACAAUUCAAUUCUACAAUUCCGAUUCGGAUGAAUCAUUGAUAAUGGUAGUACCUGAUAAAUCAGUUCCACAAAUUCCAAAAAAUAAGGAUGUAGAUCAUUCCCAAAUCAAGAAAGCAACAUCUCCUUUUUCCGAAAUAAGUACGUUAAUCGCGAAGUAUCCUUCGAUAUCCAUUGUGAGAUCAAAUUCACCUAGAAAGUCAACUAGUAAUGAAAAUAAAAUUGAUAGAAUGUUAACCAUGGAUUGCCGAGUUCUGGUCGAGAAACUUGUAUUACCAAACGCUGGAAAGCCCAGUAAUAAAUAAAUACGACUAAAAUUACCACGAUUAAUGUUUACACUUAGAUUAAAUUUUUAUCGUUCGAUAAAAAGAGAUAAACGAUACCCAGUGUACAUAAAAGUAUAACGAAUUUGUGAAAGUCUACAAACUUAGAUAUGUAAGAGAUAGUUUUACCCUUUAAAAUAAAACUAAGAAAAAUGACUUUUUAAAUAAGUUAUUCGAUAC